AUAGCCGUUGAGGGCAUUGAUCUUCAUCUUGCUUUAUAUAUAAAAAGGUGUACGAGCAUCGACCCUUUGCACGCUAACAAAUUAAUGAAGGGGAAGAAAACCCAUCUCUUUUGAAAAGCAGGGUCCCUUUGAUCCAUUAUAUUAUAGUUCUAACUUAUGAUCCUUCUUCAUCUUGUUACGUUUCAUUGAUAAUUAAGUUAGUUAAAGUCUUGUUCUGCUGAUCUGCUUAUUUCAUAAGAUCACAAUCAAUCUAAGCUUAGUAUAUAUCAUCUUAGAGAUUGUAUCUUGUUCAUUUCUUUAACUUCAAUUACACCUUUGUUCAUAAUAUUUGUAUAAAAUUUUCAUCACAGGCAGCUACUGAGCUGUUUUAUUUUUUGUAUUGCACUCAUCAACAAUCCACACAUAUAUUUUCUUUGUUUGAUUACUGUUUGAUCCUUCUUGAUUUAAUUUAAUGGAAGCUUUCUGCCAACAAUCAUCAUCACUACUUUCUCCAAACAAGAACAAGCAGAUCAGAAUAAUCAAAACCGCCAGCAGCAGCAACAAGAGAAUCGGAGGAGGAAGAGUAGGUAAUCACGUUACUCCUCUUGACAAUACAUAUGCGUAUGCUGCUGCAGCUGCAGGUCUCUUGAAUCCUCCGUCACGCGCCAACUCUUUAGUUCAUUAUCAACAUCAACAACAACAACCACCGCUCCUUCCUCUGCCAAAUGCUUCAUCAAUUCAUAAUCAACAUCAACAUCACCAGCCUUUGCUUUCUAGAAGCCAGAGCCUCAUGAUCUCAUCUCCAAAGAAAUCCAACAAAGCAUCAACGAAGAAGAGAUCCUCCUCUGAACAUGAUAAUAGUAGCCACCGCCGGGGACCCGACCCAAAGGACCUUCCCAAACAUCUUCCUCUUUCAAAAGUGUUGAUGAUGGGAGGGAAUAAUAAUAAGGGGAACAUGAAAGACAUGAUUAUGUCUCCGCCGCCGAGCAGCUUGCCGCUGCCAAAGUUUUCUCUGAGGUCCAAACUCAGUUGCAACGCCGAAGCCGCCGGUGUUGACGACGGAGCAACAAACAAUCUCCGCAGACUUCUACGCCUCCGAUGAGGUUGUUCAUUCCCGUUAUCGUAUAUGCUUCGUUUGACGAUGCGCGUUACGUUACUUAGUAUCAUUAUGGUAGUCUAAUGUUAAGAUUAUAAUAUAAUUAUAUGUGUGAAAAAAGAUCGGCGAGGGUAGAUUGCCGAUUGUAGAGACCGAUGAAUGUCUUUUGUUUUCAUCUGGUUUUAACUUCUUUUCCUUUUUCUUUUCUGUGGUGGGGUGGUGUUCGCUUUGCUGAAUUUUGUGUGUACCACUAUGGUUUUUUUGAAUGGGGUGCACACAUACAAGCGUGGUUGUUCAGUGUGUAUGUAUAAGCCACCAUUUGUUGUGAAUGAGAAUAGUUAUCAUGACAAGAUGAAUUUAUAUCAGA